ACUGUAUAGGAGAGCACACUGUGGGGGAGAGAGAAACGUGUGUUCAGUUGCCUGUGUAGCAGAGUCUGUGCGUGCAUGUAGUGUUCGUGUGUGAGUCCGCACGAGAGAGCGAGAGACAGAGAGAACCGUUUUUGGUGUGGCUUGAGGUAGAGCGCGCGUGAGUAAUAAGAGUGUGAGGGCGGGAAAACACUCGGGAUUCCGUAAAAGUCGAUUUCAGACUGGUGUAUUUCAAGUUGCAGAUGCCGACAGAUGCUCUCAAAGACAGUAUCAAUAUCGAGGAAACACUGGUGAAGUGUGACAGUAUGACACUGUCCAGUGCCCCGCCUUUACGCAGAGGAAGUACCCCUCUGCCAAUCAAACACCAGCUCAGACGGGAGGAAGCAGUCCAUGAUGAUUGUGAUUGGACAUCAGGGUUGGCUGGACCUUCUCCUCCUCCAAUCAGUUUCAGCCCGGCGAAGGAUGAGACCAUCACCUCAGCGGUAGAGGGGGGACCCUCCUCUGAAGGGCCCUUUCGAAUUGCCCUGCUGGGGCAGAAUGGGGUGGGCAAGUCAUGCCUUGCUAUAGCCUUGGCUGGGGAUUUGGAUAGAACUGCAUCUGUGGAUUCUGAAGGGGAGGGCUAUGUGCACACUGUUACCGUGGAUGACGAGGACUGCACCAUCCUUAUCUACGACAACUGGAGGCAGGACGUGUCUGCUCUCCAGUGUGAGGUGUGUGUCCUGGUGUUCUCUGUGACGGACAGGCGCAGUUUCCACCGCACCGCCCAACUCCGCCUCCUCCUCAGGGAGACGCAGCCGCAAACUCCCAUCAUCCUCGUGGGCAACAAGAGCGACCUAGUCCGUUCACGUGAGGUCAGCACUCAAGAGGCCCUUACCAGCGCUUCUCUGUUUGACUGUCUGUAUGUGGAGAUGUCAGCCUCUCUGGAUCACCGCACGGCGGAGCUCUUGGAGUAUGCUGUGAGGUUAGCCAGGGGCCUCAACCCGGUGCCCCCAGGGGCCUGUGGGCACGACAUGGCUGGCGGCCGGGAGAGCAUCACCCACCGUGCUAAGCGUUUCCUCACUAGCCUGGUCCCACGCUACCCCCGUGAGAGGGAACGAGACGGGGGCAAGUUCUUUAGACAGAAGUCCCGGUCCUGCCAUGACCUGGGUGCCCUGUGAUCAGGGAUGAUGGCGGGAUAGAAGAGGGGUGUCUAGAAAGAGAGCAAGAGGGAAAUAAGAUGUAAGAAAUCGCAAAAUAGAGAGGGAUCUGAAGAGGUAAAUUAUGGUUAUGAGAAAAGUGAGUGUAAAUGUGUGAGUGUAAAAGUGAGUGAUGGGAGGAGGAUACAGUAGUGGGGGAUGACACAUGCAUAAAGCAGAGAAGAGCAGGAAGAGAGAAUGGCAUUAAAUAAGUGAUGGAUGUAUCUGGGUUUAUUCAUGUAGAAAUGUUGUACUAGAGAACCAUAGAUGAUAGAUAGAAAACCAUUCAUUAGCUGAACACAUGUAAAUACAACACAAAGCAUCAUAUUGUAGUGGUGGGACUGAUUCUCCACCUCCAUUCCGAUGUGAUUUCAGUGUGGACCAAAUAAAAUACUUUUAGAA